AUGUCGGCCCCCGAUGCCCUUUCCAGCAAGCUCGAUGUCAUCCUGGCGAAGCUGACCAAGCUGGAGCAAGGGCAGUCCACGCUGCAGCAAAAUCACAGUGACCUUGGCUCGACUGUCGAAGCCAUCAACGGCCGCGUCAAUGCUCUUGCCGGCGUCAAGCAAGCUCAAGACGGCAUUGCUCAUGAUGCGAGCUUUCCAAGCCCACGACUGGGUGCAGAUAGCCCGAAGCUCAUCCCACGAAGUCAUCAGAAGCGUGGCAGCAUUGGCUCUACAGACGGCCAUGGACAGGAUGUCAACGGCAACUCAACGUCUGUAUCGCCUCCGCCCAGGCGGUCGAGCUUAACUAGCAAGAUAAUUCUUACCAGUUACCCAGGAAAGGCAGGAGUAGAUCCCUUGCCAAUGGAAUGGGGAGCCAGGGAUUCAGCAAAACGUGGACCAGUAGUAGUCUCUCGCAACCCAUCCACCAUUGGAAGACGAAAUGCCAUUGGUGCACAUGGAGGCUCAUAUUCCAUUUACUAUGCUCUUGCUGUAGGAUCCAAGCAACUAGAAACAGACCACCGGCCAGACUUCACAAACACGGAGCCGGCCGCAACGAUCGAAGCCAAUCCGACAUGGUGCGAUCCCAAGAAGAUUGUAGCUAUGGACCCUUGGGGACAUCUGGCGCCGUGGCUUUUCAACGACUACAUCAAGAAAGAGAACAUUGAUAUUCGGCCGACCAUUGCCAUCACGAAGGCCCACAUGAAACUCCCCGAACUUGAGGAGAGUGUUCGGAAAGGUCGGCUGGUGCCAGACGGCAAAAUCUGUCUCAACGCCUCGGGAGAGCUUGCUGUGACCAAGGUCGCCGUGGAGCCGGUCUGGUACCUGCCAGGUGUAGCCGAACGCUUCGGUAUCGACGAGGGCACGCUCCGGCGUUCGUUGUUCGAGCACACUGGUGGAUCCUACCCUGAGCUCAUCACGAGAAACGACAUCAAACUGUUCCUUCCACCGAUCGGAGGCCUGACUGUGUACUGUUUCGGUGAUCCUAAGAAAAUGAGUGAUCCUAAUGUGAAGCUUGCUCUGAGAGUGCAUGACGAGUGCAACGGUUCUGAUGUCUUUGGGUCCGACAUCUGCACGUGCCGGCCUUACCUGAUUUUCGGCAUCGAAGAGGCGGUCAAGGAAGCUCAAAAAGGCGGCAGCGGUGUCGUGAUCUACUUCCGAAAAGAAGGUCGAGCACUUGGAGAAGUGACCAAGUAUUUGGUGUACAAUGCGCGAAAACGUGGCCUCGAUCGCGCCAGUGAAUACUUCAAACGCACUGAAAACAUCGCUGGAGUGAAGGACAUGCGUUUCCAAGCGCUUAUGCCAGACAUCCUCCACUGGCUAGGCAUUACUAAGAUCGACCGGAUGCUGAGUAUGUCGAACAUGAAACACGAUGCUAUUGUUGACCAGGGCAUCCCGAUCCACGAGCGCGUGCCGAUCCCGGAUGAGUUGAUACCUGAGGACAGCAGAGUAGAGAUCGACGCCAAGAUUCAUGCUGGAUACUUCACGACAGGGAAGAUCAUGACAGUAGAAGAGCUCAACAACGUCCAAGGAAGAGCUUGGGAAGAUGUUGAUCACUAG